GGGCUACUCUCCCGCAAUAAGAACAAAGACGAAUCGAAGAGAUUCGUACUGGUGCUGAUCGAUAUUGCCGCGCUAGCCGCUCAGGGAACGAGUUUCUUUCUUUGGCCAUUGCUGAACAGUUCCCGGCCAUCGUUAUGGCUCAUACCACCGUCAUUGUUCCUCGUCUCCUGCGGCUGGUGGGAAAAUUAUGUCUCCAUGCAAAGUCCCUUCGGAUUCGUGAAAUCCUUGGCGCGGGUGAAGAAGGAAUUGCGGUUAACGCGGUAUUUCACCUACAUGUUCAUAUCAGUUUGGAAGAUAAUUGCGUUCUUCAUCAGCACGUUACUGAUUUUACACAUGAAAGAUGAAACCGUAGGCCAUUUGUUCUCCAAGUUGAGCUCGGCGUUUGGAAAACAUCAGAUCAUGAUUUCGACCGUGAGGCUGGACGCCACCGGCAGAGCCACCGACAUUAUAGACAUCCUCGAAGCCGAUAAUAACAGUAUAGACGCUUUUGUCAAUACUCCAAUAUACGUUCUGCUGUUGCAAAUAUUCGGUGCUUAUUUCGCAUACGUGUUCGGCAAAUUCGCGUGCAAGAUCCUAAUACAAGGUUUCAGCUAUGCUUUCCCGGUGAAUUUAACGAUACCGGUAUCGAUCUCGUUAUUAAUCGCCGCUUGUGGCCUGCGGAAUGACGACCCCUGCAUAUUUCACGCGACCAUACCGGAUUAUCUGUUCUACGAUUCGCCGCCGCCGCAUUUCCUCAAUGAUUUUGUUUCGAAGCAAUACGCCUGGGUAUGGCUACUCUGGCUAUUGUCGCAAACUUGGAUUACUUUGCACGUCUGGACACCGAAAUGCGAGCGUCUCGCGUCGACUGAGAAGUUGUUCGUCGUCCCUAUGUACAACUCCCUGCUGAUCGAUCAAUCGAUGGGACUGAACAGGAAAAGGGAUGAUCAACCGGAAGUGAAAGUCGAG